UACCGACUGCCGCCAUCUCGCGGACACGUGCCGACCGGCGGCAUUCUUUAAAAUGAAUGCGCUGACACUGAUCGUUACUACACGUUAUGACCUCAUGCAGUAUCGUAAGGGCAUUCGCGAUUCAGGCUUUCGAUGGGGAUACCUUACCGCCGAAAAUCUCGGAAAAGCUCGAUGAUUAUUGGAAAGCCUACAAGACGCAGUUUAAUAAGAUAUACGCAAAAAAUCUGGAAAACGCCAGAAGAAUGGCUUGGGAGCAGAACCUCGUGGAAAUUUAUAAGCACAAUCUAUUGGCCGCCGCAGGACAUCAUAGUUAUACACUGCGGGAUAAUCACAUUGCCGAUCUCAGCACUCGACAAUACAUACGCGAAAUGGUGAAACUGAUACCCAGUCGAAGACGUCGACUGCCGACCGAACCGAUCGUAUCGGGAGCACAGAAGGAUUCUCGCAAUAUACCAACAAGUUUGGAUUGGCGUAAACACGGUUUCGUCACUUCAUCGGUAAAUCAACGGAGCUGCGGGAGUUGUUACGCUUACUCGAUCGCGGAAAGUAUAGAAGGACAGAUUUUUAAACAAACCGGCAUGCUACUACCUGUGAGCGCACAACAGUUGGUAGAUUGCAGCACGAUAACUGGAAAUCUCGGAUGCACUGGCGGUUCCCUCAGGAACACUUUAAAAUAUUUGGAAAAGUCUAAAGGUCUCAUGGCUAGAUCCACGUAUCCCUACGACGCCGAGCAAGGGGAAUGCAGAUUUGAAAAGGACCAGAGUGUUGUCAAUAUAACUUCAUGGGCAAUUCUACCGGCGCGGGACGAAAAAGUUCUGGAAAUAGCAGUGGCUACAAUCGGUCCCGUAGCCGCCUCCAUAAAUGCCAGCCCAAAGACAUUUCAACUUUAUCACAAAGGCGUUUACGAUGAUCAUCGAUGCAGUUCGGACAUGGUGAAUCACGCAAUGCUCAUCGUCGGAUAUACGCCAACCGAGUGGAUCCUGAAGAACUGGUGGGGCGAUAGUUGGGGUGAAAACGGCUACAUGCGACUGGCGAGAAACAAGAAUCGUUGCGGCGUAGCGAACUACGCUGCUUAUGUGAAAGUUUGACAACCAUUUCUCUCGAAUUUGAUUGAAAAACUUUUGCGUACUUUAGAAAAAUGUAUACAUUAAUUUUUAUAUUUGACACGAAACAAAUUGCGAUAAAAAUGCAAUAGACAGUUGUUUAUGGCGCUUAUUCAUCGAAAUAACUCAC